UCCGAGUCGGUAAAAUUUGCAUGAUCACGUGGAUUCUGUUCGAUUGUUAUAAUAAAACCAUCAACCGGCCGGAGAGAAUCUCAAACUGACUCCACAUUUUCACUAGUGCUGUCGCUCGAGCUGGUUGUACAGGUCUACAAGAAGCAAUCUUAACAACAGCAACAUGCCAAGUCUCCUGCACGAAAUCACAACCCCUUUCAAGAAAGCCACCUUCGGAAUGGGCUGUUUCUGGGCCUGUGAUGCCCUUUUUGGGGCCCAACCUGGCGUUUUACGCACACGGGUCGGUUACUCGGGCGGCACCACCUUGGACCCCCAGUACAGAAAAAUUGGCGACCACACGGAAGUCAUUGAAAUUGACUACGACCCCAAAGUUGUUAGUUAUGAAGAUCUCUUGAAGCUGUUUUGGAGCAAUCACGAAUAUGGCCUAACCAACGUCAUCAAAAGACAAUACAUGUCGUUGAUUUUGUACCACGAUGACGACCAGAAACGCAUUGCCGAAAUCUCCCUGAAGAAAGAAGCCCACAAGCACAACACUAAACUAACUACUGAGAUUAGACCAGCUGGGGCGUUUUAUCCCGCUGAAAAUUAUCACCAGAAAUAUCGCUUGCAAGAACACGCCUGGCUGUGUGAAGAGCUGGGCUUAACCCCUGAACUCCUUCAAACUUCACAUGUAGCUGCACGUCUCAACGGUUAUCUGGUUGGAGUUGGCAAACUGGAAGACUUUGAAAAAGACAUCGCUAAACUGGCCCUGACUGAUAAAAUCGCCAGUUUUGUUCGAGCACAACUGAUAGAAAACGAAGGAGGAAGUUUGUAUUGCUAAGUGAAUGGACUAUUUUUAAAUGGACAUCUUGCUAUUAUUUAUUUUUAAGUGAUGGGUCCACAUUAUGUGCAGUAUUUGAUUUGUUACAGGUGAACGUAUUAAUAAAUUGUCAAGUGUUAA